UCUUCCCUACCUUGUAGGGCUGAGUGAGAGAGCUUCACAUUGAGAGAUCGAAAAUAGAAAAAGCCAACUUCGCAGAUUUUCCAUUCUCGUGGUCAGUGUUUUCAUCCUAAUCAAUCUAGGUCAUUGACUUCUUUGUUAUCUGAGUCGAUUUUUUUCGGAAUCGGCAGCUGGAGAAGAGUGAAUUGCUCAUCCUUGUCUUGCCAUGGCCAUGUAUAUUCGUGUGAAGCGCAUGAAAACCACUUACUUUAUCCAAUGUGAUCCAACAGAGACUGCUUUGGAUGUUAAGCAAAAACUGUUUGCCCUCAUUGAGCAACCAGUUAGCAAUCAGCGUCUGGUUUUAAUGUCUACUGAAGAAAUAUUAGAGGAUUCUAAAUCUUUAGCGGAUCAGAAGGUUGAGAAUGAUGCAGUCGUGGCUCUGACUUUGAGGAAAGAUGAUAACGAGUUUGAGGAUGUCAACAUUGCGCAGCCCACCGACUUCUCGAUUUCGUGAAGAGUUACUGCAACUGAGAAAACUUGGCUUCAACAGGGAAAGUAUUGAUUCAAACACAAGGGGAGGAAGAAGCUAUAAACGCCUGAAGUUGUUUCUUUGUGUCUCUGCUUGUGUCAACUUGUUACAGACAAUUGUUGUAAGUAAAGAUAUUGAGAUGUGGAAGUUUUUGAUUGCAACUUGCAAGAUUUUUCAGUGAAGUUACGGACUCGCAUC